GAGAUAGUGAGAGAGCGAGAAGUGAAGGAGCAGCUGCCUACGAAGUUAAAGUGGGUAGCAGAUAAUGGAUACAAUUUGAUGCAGUUCCCUGAAACCUCAUCAGGCCGUCUUCAGAUUUCAACUAUCCCUUCUACCAAGGGUGUGUUGAAUAGGAGAAGAGGAAGAAGAGGCAAAUAAGAGAUGACACUGAACGUCACCAAUACAUUUCACAUCUGGAGGAAUGGAAGAUUAGUAUGACUGCGGAAAAGCACCGGUAUGGCUGCCCAUCGUAUUAGAGUGACCAGCACCAACCAUGUUCUCCCUCGUUGCAAGUCAGAGGGCACGUUAAUUGACCUUGGUGAGACCAUCUCAGAGGCCAGUCUCACAGAUGUUAAAGUGCCUUCUCCCAGUGCCUUGAGGCUUGACACCUCAGCCUCCUUUGAAACAGCCCGGGAGGUAGUUGCCAUAAAGGAUUACUGCCCAUCGAGCUUUACCACUUUGAAGUUUUCCAAAGGCGAUCGUCUGUAUGUACUGGACACGUCAGGGGGUGAAUGGUGGUACGCCCACAACAACACAGAGAUGGGCUACAUUCCGUCGGCCUACGUUCAGCCAAUCAGCUGCAGGAACUCUUCACUUAGUGACAGCGGCAUGAUAGACAAUCUUGGGGAGUGCAAUGACGAAGGCGCAAAGGAGUUGGACUUUCAGGGUGAGUGGUCGGGGUUUACCCUGAAACCUAUUCUGCCUUGUAAUAGCAACCCCUUCUCCAUCCAUACUUCCACCAACCCCUUCGUCAAUGGUUCUCGACAUAGCACACUAGACCAGAACUGUAAUGAGAGGGGGAUGAGGAACUCAACAGACCUGCUUCUUUUUGACACACCGGUGUCCCCCUCUACCCCCCUCUCCCCCUCCAGUUCCAUUAUGACUAAUGGUUACAGCAGCUGCAACAUCUUUGACAUGACCCCCACCAGCCCAAACCCCGAGUUCCUCCAGACACUUCACAGGGACAACCCGUUCUUCAGGAGCAAACGGUCCUACAGUUUAUCAGAGCUAUCCACCCUACAGGCACAAUCCAAUCCUCCUGUGCCUUCCUCUGGGCUGUUUACUGGGCUCAAAGCUCCAUCUCCGGAGCAGUUUAAGAGCAGGGAGGAUUUCAGGACUGCGUGGUUAAACCAUCGCAAGUUGGCCAGAUCUUGUCAUGACCUUGAUUCCCUGGGUCAAAGUCCUGGUUGGGGUCAGACACAACCCGUAGAGACCAACAUUGUGUGCAGGCUAGACAGCAGCGGUGGGACUGUUCAGCUUCCAGACACCCACAUCAGUAUCCAUGUUCCUGAAGGCCAUGUGGCUGCUGAAGACACCCAGCAGAUCUCUAUGAAGGCCCUGCUGGAUCCUCCACUGGAGCUCAACAACGACCGGUGCUCCACCGUGAGCCCCUUGGUGGAGAUCAAGCUGAGUAACAUGGAGAUCAAGUCCUUCAUCACCCUGGAGAUGAAUGUGUCGGUGGUGGUGAAGAGCGAUAGCAGCCAGAUAGCCGAAAUCCUCUGUGUCAGGAGCGACUGUAAGGAAGGCCCCUACGCUCCCAUCCCUCAUGCUUACAUAUACAAGGACACAGUGCAGGUACAGCUUGAUAACCUAGAACCAUGUAUGUAUGUGGCAGUUGUAGUGCAGGCCCAUCUACUUAGCGUCAAUACAACAGUAUGGGACCACGUUCAAAAGAAAAUCACACUGGGCGUCUAUGGGCCCAAAUACAUCCAUCCCUCUUUUAAGACUGUGGUGGCCAUAUUUGGUCAUGACUGUGCACCUAAAUCUCUAUUGGUAAAUGAGGUGGGUCGGCAGGCCAAUUCUACCCCUCCAGUGGCCCUCCAGUUAUGGGGGAAGCAUCGGUUUGUCCUAGGCUAUCCGCAGGACCUCCGGAUAGGAUUAUACUCCAACAUGUCAAAUUACGAGGUAAAGGCAAAUGAGUCAUCCAGGAUUGUCCGAGGCUUCCAGGUCAAGCUAGGGAAGGUCAGCCGACUCCUGUACACGAUCACCACGCACAACCCCGAUGACAUCUCAGACUUCACCCUGCGAGUCCAAGUCAAGGAUGUUUUGGACUGCAUCCUGGCCCAGUUCUGUGUGCAAACGCCACAACCUCCUCCAAAGAAUGGAGCACGGAUAACUGGCCAGAGAAGGUUCCUGAAAAAGAAAGAGGUGGGUAAGAUCGUUCUCUCUCCUCUGGCCAUCACUACAAAAUACCCCCAGUUUCAGGAACGACGUAUCACCAGUCUUAAAUUUGGGAAGUUGCUGAAAACAGUGAUCAGGCAAACUAAGAGUCAGUAUCUGUUGGAAUACAAGAAGGGAGACAUAAUCGCUUUGCUGAGUGAGGAGAAAAUUAAGCUCCGAGGACAACUGUGGACCAAAGAGUGGUAUAUAGGAUAUUAUCAGGGGAAGACAGGCCUUGUUCAUGCAAAGAAUGUUCUGGUUUUAGGGAAAGUCAAGCCUAUCUAUUUCUGUGGGCCGGAUCUCACGACAACCAUGCUGCUGGAGCAGAUCUUGAAACCAUGUAAGUUCCUCACUUACAUUUACGCCUCUGUGAGGACGAUACUAAUGGAGAACGUGGGGAACUGGAGAGCCUUUGCAGAUGCUCUUGGAUACAGUAACCUUCCCUUGGCUUAUUUUUGUCGGACUGAAUUGGACAAUGAGCCCGAAAGGGUGGCGUCAGUUCUGGAGAAGCUCAAAGAGGAGUGCAACAGCAUGGAGAACAAGGAGAGAAAGUCCUUCCAGAGAGAACUCAUGGCGGCCUUGUUAAAGAUGGACUGCCAGGGCUUGGUGGCCAGGCUGACCAUGGACCUAAUCCUGCUGACCACAGCGGUGGAGGUGGCCACGCGCUGGAGGGAACUGGCUGAGAAGCUGGCCAGGGUGUCCAAGCAGCAGAUGGAGGCAUACGAGGCGCCGCACAGGGACAAGAACGGACAGUUGGACAGUGAGUCAAUGUGGAAGCCAGCCUAUGACUUCCUGUUGACCUGGGCCGCCCGGAUCGGGGACAGCUACCGGGAUGUGAUCCAGGAGCUGCACCUGGGCCUGGACAAGAUGAAGAACCCCAUCACCAAGCGUUGGAAGCACCUGACAGGCACCCUCAUCCUGGUCAACUGCCUGGAUGUCCUCCGCAGCUCCGCCUUCAGUCCUGCCUGCCAGGGGGACUUUGCCAUCUGAAAGAGCCAGACUUCUCGUCGUCCUCGGUGCCCGACUCUCUCUGUCUGUUCUCUCUUUCUCUCCUCCCCCCUCGCCUUAGGCCCUCUAGUUACGCCUCAGGACCACACAACCAUGUAGAUCCAGACUCACUAUCAGACUUUGAACCUCUUUUCCUUCGCACGUGAGCUUAUUGAUCCUACUGACCCGGACUCGGAGCACAUUAAAAGCCCAUUAGGUUUGCUAGGAACAUCAUUCCUACAAUUCUCACUCUUUCUGUCUCUCUC